UUCCCUCCCAAGUGCAAGAAAAGAGGUUUUUUGUGUCACAGGAUUGGGAUGCGAUUUUUGCUAUACAAUAGGAGAAGCUCAUUUCACGUCAUCGCUAUGUCGUGUUGUGGGAUGAGCCAAGCUAAUCUAUUCGUGAAGAGAAUAUAUGCUUUAAGGCUCCACUUGCUUUCCAGGGUACUGAGGGACAGCUGGUCGAGAUCCCCAAAGAUCGCGGUUCUUGGAAGGGUGAGGUGUGUUGACCAACAACCAUCCGGCAAGCCAGAAGUGGGUGGCAAGGGCAGGGAACAACAACAACCACGAGACGACACCAUCGUAACCGGGGAAGAAGAGGUACAAGCAAGAGUUGACUCCGUAUCCGACUCCAGCGAGGCACAUGGAGUAACCCAUGUAACGAGGGAAGACACCCCACAAGACGAUGGUGAAUCCAAGGAGGAACAUGUAGACACCGCCGAAGACUGAAAAAAGAAGGGGAAUUUGUGAGUUUGAUUCCUUUCAUCCUUAGUUAGAAAGAAGGCGAUCCAUAUAUUACUUACUCUGUUGGAAGUAGUAUCCGUAUUGAUUGAUCAACAAGAACAUGUAGGAGAUUUGGGUUCCGAUAGGAGGCAUGUUGUCAGAGUAGAAGUACUUUUGGAUGACUUCGUAGAUGGGGCUGGCACCGUCCAACAAAAGGUGAGCUGCGAUCAAGAAGAUGAUGUUAGCAGCGGAAACAGCCUGUUGGACAAUCUUGAAAGUACAGAUGGUAACAGCGGUGGCAGGGUUGACUCCAGCACCGACCAUGAUGAGACCCAAGGUGAUACCGAUGACAAUGUCACAAAUGGUAACAACGAUAUCGAAGAAGAUUCCAAUCUUGAACAUGGUCAAGGAUUCAGCGAUGUCGUAGAUGGUCUUCUCGGGCUGUUGCCAUUCGAUUAGAAC